AGCCUGUUUCAGGCCCAACCCACUCUCUCCUUCUGGGCAAGUCUCAGAAGAGGUUUUAGAGGGUUUUGCCGCGAAGGCACAAUCGCAGAAUGGAGUUCGAGAAGAGAAAGGCGGCGACGCUAGCGUCACUGGGCUCAGUCGACGCUGACAAGUCACCGAAGGGCACGUUGGACGCUCCCAUCAUCCCCCUCCUCAAUACCCUCAACCACCACCCCUCCUACUUUACCACCAGCUCCUGCUCCGGCCGUGUCUCUAUUCUAGCCCAGCCCAAACACUCCACCACUCUCAACAAAAAAGCCCGAGGCGGUGCUUGGCUCUUCGUCUCCCACGACCCGGCCGAUCCCGACUCGGUCCUCUCCCUCCUCUUCCCUACCGAGUCGACUCAGCAACCGGAAUCCGAACUCGUCCUCAGGUUCGAGCCGCUCAUCAUAGCCGUCGAGUGCAAAGACCUAUCUUCGGCUCAGUCAUUGGUCUCCAUAGCCAUAUCCUCCGGGUUCAGAGAGUCCGGUAUUACAAGCGCGGGCAAGCGCGUGAUCGUGGCGAUUCGGUGCUCGAUUCGGCUGGAGGUGCCGCUGGGGACCACCGAUACAGUCAUGGUCUCGCCCGAGUUUGUCCGGUACCUCGUCGGCGUGGCGAAUGAGAAGAUGGAGGCUAAUAGGAAGCGAACCGAAGGGUUUUUUCGUGCUUUGCAGCGGAGCGAUGGGUUUUCAGAGUGCGACGGCGGCGAUCGGACGGCGGUGGAUGCGGCAUUGAGUGACGGGAACGGCUCGAUGUGUGGCGGGGGCGCUCACGUGGAAGAAAGAGAUGGCGAGACGCAUUUGGGGACGGUGGGAGGUUUGGGUUGUAGUCUGUCUGUUGUUCCAAUGGUGAUUGUUGGUGAACCUGUGGAGAAGCUUUUCCUUUGGGGUCACUCAUCUUGUGUACUCGAUGACAAAGACGAGAACAAAGUUAUGGUAUUUGGUGGUUUUGGAGGCAUGGGAAGGCAUGCAAGAAGAAGCGAAUCUUUACUGCUUAAUCCAUUUUCUGGCACUUUAAAAGUGAUUAAUCUGGAUGGCAGUCCAACUCCACGUUUAGGCCACACUUGUUCUUUGGCUGGAGAUUGCGUGUUUGUUAUUGGAGGCAGGGCCGAUCCUGUGAAUAUUCUAGAUGAUGUAUGGGUCCUAAAUACAGCAAAAAGCGAUUGGAGAUUAGCAGGAUGUAUUGGCAGUGUUUUUCCUCCCAGGCAUAGGCAUGCAGCAGCUGUUGUAGGCUCAAAGAUAUAUUUAUUUGGUGGACUUAACAAUGAUUCAAUCUCUUCAUCCUUUCAUGUCCUUGACACAGUUAACCUGCAGUGGAAAGAGUUACUGGUUGGCGGGGAAUGGCCGUGCGCCCGUCAUUCUCACUCAAUGGUGGCAUAUGGCUCUCGGCUAUUUAUGUUUGGAGGGUACGAUGGUGAGAAAGCACUUGGAGACUUGUAUAGUUUUGACGUUCAAACAUGUCAAUGGAAGAAGGAAAAGACUGCAGGAAGAAGUCCACAAGCUAGGUUUUCCCACUCAAUGUUCGUGUACAAAAAUUAUCUUGGGGUUAUUGGUGGUUGUCCAGUCCGACAACAUUGUCAAGAGUUGGCAUUACUUGAUUUGCGGCUCCGCAUGUGGAAGCAUGUGACACUUGAUUCUGUCGGAAAAGAUUUGUUUGUGCGAAGUACAGCCAAUAUCUUUGGUGAUGAUCUUGUUAUGAUCGGUGGUGGGGCAUCUUGUUAUGCAUUUGGAACAAAGUUUAGUGAGCCAGUGAAAAUCAACUUACUACCCUUGAUAUCUAUAAAUGACAAUCUUGUGCCUUCUAAAAUUAGACAAAUGCAUGAUACCCAUGGAAAUAAUGAGAAGACAGGAGAAAAGAAUGAUUUCCAACCUCAAAGAGUUGAAAAUGCAGAGACUUUAACGGAAGCUCCUGGCUUGAACUCUGAGAGUGAAUUACCUGGAGCGAACGGGAAUCAUUCACAUUGGGUUCUACAACUUGAAAAGAAACAUGCAAAAUUAGGGAAGGACAUAUUGAAAAAAUUUGGAUGGUUAGAUCUUGAGAGGAAGGUCUAUUCUUGGGAGGAUGGAAUACACAUUUGUUUCCCUGUGACCAAAAACUUUUGUGGUGUAUUUCAUGAAAGGAAGCAUCAUUCGUCAGAUGAAUUUGAAGGUUACAGCGACCGUCAUCUAUCUAAACCAUUUACUGGAAAAGGGCUUUUGUUAGAUGAGGUAUCUUGUUUGGAAGCCUUGAAUCUUUUAAAGGAGUGUGGUGCCAUGAAGCUGGUAGAUGAGGUAGUUGAAGUCAAAAGAGUGGUGAAGUCUCCCUUGAAAGUAAUGAAUGAGGCUGUGGCCUCUUUGAUAAAGCAUAAAGACCUUUCAGAACAACUGUUAGAGGAGCUACCCACAAGAUGGGAGCGACUUGGUGAUAUUGUUGUGCUUCCAGUCACAUCCUUCAAGGAUCUAGUAUGGGACACAAUUGGGGCUGAGCUUUGGCCUAUUGUUGCCAAAUCACUUAAUGCUCGUCGUCUUGCUCGCCAGGGCCGAGUUGCACCAACUGGUACAAGGGACAGUACUUUGGAGAUUCUAGUUGGAGAUAAUGGUUGGGUUGAUCAUCGCGAAAAUGGAAUUCUCUAUUCUUUCAAUGCUACAAAGUGUAUGUUCUCCUGGGGCAAUCUUUCUGAGAAGCUUCGUAUGGCCCGUCUAGACUGUAAAGAUGAGGUUAUUGUUGAUUUGUUUGCCGGAAUUGGAUAUUUUGUGCUGCCGUUUCUUGUCAGGGCAAAUGCAAAACUUGUUUAUGCUUGUGAAUGGAAUCCCAAUGCCAUUGAUGCACUGCAGCAUAAUCUACAAGCCAAUUCUGUGUCUGAUCGUUGUAUUAUACUUGAAGGAGAUAACCGUAUUACGGCACCUAAAGGUGUUGCUAAUCGAGUUUGUCUUGGUCUCCUUCCAACAAGUGAGGGCAGCUGGGCAACUGCUGUAAGGGCAUUAAGGAGUGAGGGUGGGAUAUUACAUGUGCAUGGGAAUGUGAAAGACUCAGAGGAGGGUUUGUGGACGGAACAUGUUUUGAAAUCAGUAUCUGAAAUGGCUAGAUCUGAAGGUCAUUGUUGGGAAGUUUCAAUAGACCAUGUGGAGAGGGUGAAGUGGUAUGCCCCGCACAUCCGCCACCUUGUUGUUGAUGUGAGAUGCAAAGAGACUCAAAGAUAGCACUUAAACCUUAUGUUUAUUGAAGGUAACAAAUUAAGCUUCUGCUUAUGAAGCUUAAAGUUAUGGUUUUUGAGUUCUGUCACGUGCAUGGCCCCGAGCUGAUUUACCUUUGUUGUUGUACUUAACGUAGCACUGUAGCAGCAGCAUUUUUUUCUUUGAUUCCCAGCAAUUUUGCUGCUCGGAUUGCUAAUAAUUCGGACAACAUAUGUGAGAACUUCUAUGGGGUCACUUACCAGAGCAGGUCUCAUGCAGCCGGCCCUUCUGCUUGGGUAAAGUGGGGUCUUCUCACAUUUACUGGCCAGAUUGUUGGAUCCUUUUUCUUUAGUCGUGUAGCAGGAGCAUUAAAAACCCGCAAUUGCAUGGGGUCCCAUUGAUCCAGUAGGCCAGCGUAAGUCGUAUGGAAUGCUUUGUAGAAGUCUUGAAUCAAAUUGCUGGGUAAGUGGGUAUAAUUUUAUUAGCAUUUUUUAUAGAUCAAUGUGGGAAUUGGGCCAGGAGAAAAAGAAAGCGGUGGGGGUGGAUGGUACUUUCCAACUGUACACUAAUGACACCUGAUUAACGCAUGCAAUCGACACCCAUACGGGGCAGCAUUAAUGCAAAGUUUGUCUUAUUAAGUCCCCAAGUAUUUGUUCUUUGAUUUGGUUACUAUAACUUUUACUACGAGCGCUUACAAAAUUAUAUGGGAAUCCGCAUUUUAUAAAA